AUGCCGGAGUCAUAUUCCCCUAAGUACGUGGAAGCUAUUUGGUAUCAGUGGUGGGAAAAAUGCGGCUUUUUUUCGCCCGAGUAUUGGGUUAGUUUAGAACAUACGUUUUUGUCACCAGAUUCUCAAAUUUUGUGACUCGUCCGUCUUUGAGACUUAAACUACUCUACGCACUAAGCCGUCAAGUUCCCGUUUUCUGUUCACAACCUUCCAAGGGAUAUUUAAUCCAUGCGUACUUAAGCCAAAUGUUUAUCAAUUUUAAGCUUUUUAUGCCUUUUGCCACCAUGAUUGGUAGAGCCACAGACAGCUCCACUCCGUCCCAACAGACCGUUGCUUAUGUGCACAUUCUUGCGGAAAUUCUGAUCGGCAUGCGUUCACAAGAACACAUAAUAAACAAAAACUUGCAUCAGGCGCAAGAUCCCCUCUUUUAGAAAUCAGCAAAAAGUGCUUCUCCACUUAAAAGUUCCAUUGUUUCGUUUGCGUUUAUCUCCAUUUUUUCGUUUGUCAGAUGUCGAGAGAAGAUCCACACAAACCGCGGAAGAAGUUUGUCAUGGUCAUUCCACCACCCAACGUCACUGGAAAUCUGCAUUUGGGCCACGCGCUAACUAAUAGUUUGGAAGAUGCCAUCACACGCUGGCAUCGUAUGCGGGGCGAAAUUACAGUUUGGGUUCCCGGCUGUGAUCACGCAGGUAUUGCCACCCAGGUAAUACGUCGUACUUUGAAUUUUUCACUUUCAUUUCUUUAUACUUGGUACUUUGCACCAUUUAUCCAUUUAUAUCAUGUUUGAUAUUUGUUCUCAGCCUGCAUUAGCGAAGUCCACUUCGUCAUAAAUUGUCCGCCUGUUUGAUUUCAUGCAACUACUAUCGGGUUUGUUGUGUCUAACGUGACACCGUUAGAGCAAUAAUAUCAAGCACCAUACAACGGUACACGGACCAGUUGUUGUUGGUUGAAGCAUGUAAAUACGUCUGUGUUUUUUGGGCUUACAUUUCCCCUAAAUAAGACAUAGAACUUAAAUGAGUACGGCGGGCGGAAAGAGACCCAGAUGGAUUCCAUUCCAAAUUGUUUAAGUCGAGAAUUGAAGCGUUUUGUCUGCGCCAGAUUUUUCCCCUGUGCCUGACAGAAUGCUCGCCAAUUUUCGCUUCCUUCCCAGCCCUCCUCCCUGUCAACUUCUCGUCUGUUUACUAUCAUUGAUAAAUGGUUUUCAAGGGAGGCUGUUGGAACUGCUGAAUGAGCGCUGACUAAUUAAGUCGUCAACACACCGUGUGCUUUGAUUCACAGUCCCAGUUUCGAAAACCUAUCAUCAACCGCCGUUCUCAUGCUUAAACAGCAAUAUCCGGCCUAUUACUCUGACAUCGGAAACUCCCGUUUGCCCAAAGAAAAACUAACGAGCGCUUGACUUUUUCGGAAUGUCUUGUCCAGUUAGACCUUGUUCCCGCGCCUUUUCAGGUUUAUCUCAUGGCUUCUCUCAUCGUUGUUUUGACUUCUAACCCUGAAGGUAGUCGUUGAGAAGAGACUAUGGCGCGAACGGCAGGUCACAAGGCACGAUAUUGGUCGCGAGGCCUUUUUGCAGGAGGUUUGGAAGUGGAAAGAAGAGUAAGUUUGUACUGCACAUUUACUAACUUUUUCUUGAAGAUCACCUAUGUAAGAAGUCCAUUAAUUUCCUCGUAGGCCAUUUAACACCAUUGUUUUUCCAACCCCACGCACAAAGUGCUUUGACUUACUGUGUCUGUCAGUUCAGACGGCUGCUGUUGUGGAGGUCCAAUAAGGCCGAUUCCCGCUGGGGUUGUGCGGAAAUCAUGCUUGCUGUUCAUUAAAAAUGUUAAAGCUUUUUCAGCAGACGAUUUUUCGGCUAUUGUCUCCUAGAAAUUGGUGCUGCUUUGUUUGGAUACCCAACUCUAUUGUUUCUCUUCCCUUUCUCCCUCCUGACUUUUAUAGGAAAGGUGGGAACAUCUACCAUCAACUGAAGUCAUUGGGCAGCUCCUGUGAUUGGUCCCGUGCAGCCUUUACUAUGAACCCUAAACUCUCACAUGCCGUCACCGAGGCCUUUGUGCGUAUGUACGAACACGGUCUCAUCUACCGUGGCGUGCGUCUCGUCAACUGGUGCUGCACCCUCCAGUCCGCCAUCUCUGAAAUCGAGGUGGAGAAGCGAGAACUGACUGGGCGCACGGCCAUUUCUGUGCCCGGCUACCCCAAGCCUGUCAUUUUCGGCAUCCUUUCAUCAUUUGCCUACCCACUUGUCGGUCAGUUCGCCGGUAUUUUCACGUAACCACAUGAUUGAUGUACAUAUAAAAGAGAUGCUAUGCCCAUCUUAACAGACAAGGACCCCUCCGCCAGUUGCGAGAUCUGUAUUCACUCCUUCAUCGUAGUCGGCGACGGUCGUUACCACGGGGUCAUCCUUAUGGUUUAUGUGGAGGACCAUCGUAACAGACAUUUGUGGAAGCAUCUGACAGUUGGAUCUCCAGCGGACAUCACAGGCCUUGGAGUGGAGUUGUGGUAGACAGCGAAGCGGGGUAAAUGGAGUAUGUGUGUACCCAGGUUCUGCCGUCCCUGCUGCUACAUCAAACAUCUCAUUCACUUCGCCUCAUGUUGGAGCCAGAAAGGCCAUAGCGGUAGGCGAACUGGUGUGGUCAGAUUGAGUACCGUGGUCAGGAGUCUCAUGGCGACUCUGGUUGGAAAGGCGUGAGCAGUGUUCUUCGACAUAGUGUCACAACUGCUGUCGCCGAUUUUGUCGCGAAGGUGACCCAUGAGACUGACGCUAACUCUUAUUGUGUUUUGUCGACGAGGACACAUCGGGUCGGCUUAAGUGCUGGAAGUGUGGUUCUUCAGCACUAUAGUUUUGUGCGCGUGUAACCUCUCUUUGACAUUGUGUAUGCGGUUGAUUUCGAAGGCUUCAGCUCCAUUUUUCGCGGUAGCUCACCGUCAGCCAAUCCUCGAGGUUAAGCGAUGGAUUUGGCAGUAUUCAGCUUAGGAGCAGUUAACAGAUCAAAAAACGAAUCAAGCGCCAAAACCCUCUUUCACAGAAUAUAUCUUGCAGGAUUUUGUGAUUUUUUCACUACAUCUUUGACGGUAGCCGAGUACUAAUAUGGUGACUAGAUAGAGAUUUUAUUGUAAGGAAUAAAAGCAAAAAUCUGGUCUCAUGCUGGGGAGGUUGCGUCACGUGUCACCCUUCGCGCUAAGGUCUGAUGUAAUUUCGAAUUUGAAUAAGUCUGGCCGGAUUUGCCGAUGUUUGUCUCCGCAAUUACACCACCCAGUAACGACUACAUUCUAUACAAUUUCCGAGCGCAAGGAGAUUGGCGUGUACUCUAGAGGUAGUUGUGACAUUCAAAGGAAACGCCCGUAUGCGUGUGAGUCUUCUUGACUGUCAUAACAGCUGGACACCAUUGUGGGUCCCCGCUACAUGCUGCAGCUCCCCACGAGUCCGGCGUUGUGACGAACACUAAUACGACGCCUGCAAUGGUCGGUAGGUUCCGAAACUAUGGUCCUCAUUGCAGUCGGCCGACGGCAGAGCCCGAAAGCAAAGUUGAGCCGAUGAAAUAGCAGUACCGCUGAUCCGUCUUAUUCUUACCUCCUCCCUCAUGAUACAGUUGCGAGCUUGCGUAAAAAUGACUGGCAAGUAAAUAGGACUCAUUAUUGACAUGGCAUAUGGCCCUCGUUCCCAUAUGUCUAAGACAGCCAGUCUCUUCCCGCCAUAGGGGAUGGUCUACAUGACGCACCGGUUACCGGAGAGUAGCCACUGCGUGGAGCACAUAUCUGCGGCCACAGAUGAGGACUGAGUUAGAGACGGAGACAGAUUUGUAUAACCGUCUCUUGUAACGGGGCAUUCGAGACGACGGCUAAUCGGUCUCGAGAAAAACUCGCUGUACACAGUCUCAUACUUCUAUUAUGUUCCACUCAGAUGAGCAGCUCAAGACGGCCGGUGAAGGGUGUCGCCUCAGUAACUGCGUUUAUUUCCCGUUGGGGUUUGGCGCAAGUAUAUACCGCCCAUUUUGGAGGUCAGGCGUGCCCUCCGUAAAUAUUGCCUUUUCGAUGUUUUUAAAGGAUAGUUACUAAUACGUUUUGAACACAUGUAUAAUUUACUUCUGCCAACAGACAGUCCGAAUGGCGAGGAGCUGGUUGUGGCAACCACGCGUCUUGAAACCAUGGUCGGUGACACAGGUGUGGCUGUCCAUCCAGAGGACCCUCGGUAUUCCCAUCUGAUUGGUCGGUUUGUGCAGCACCCCUUCAUUCCCGAACGUCGCAUGCCCAUUGUCGGAGACACUUUCGUCGAUCGGGAGUUCGGCACUGGCGCAGUGAAACUGACACCUGCGCACGACCAUACCGAUUACGAGGUGGGUCUGCGACACAACUUGCCCUUCGUAACAGUAAUCGAUGAAAACGGCUGUAUGACCAAGGAGGCGGGGCCUUUUGCGGGUAAGUUGUUCCCCCUGGCAAACCAUUUGGUCGACACAGAUCAGUCUAAUUGUAAACCGCGCUGAUCCUCAAGUUCUUACGCAUUUCACGAGGACGUCGAUCAUCCUGAUUUUCUAAAGCUUCCUACUUCCUGAAGUUAGGUUCAUAAGGAGUGGAGGUUGUGGUAAUAACUGACAUUAAUAUGACGGAAACUCCAAGGUCGAGGCCGUUUAAAACAAUGGAAUAUAACUAGAAAUGGCAAUACCUCUGGAUUGUUGGUUGCUCGUCGCAGCCUGCGUGCGUCCCUGUCCUACAGUCCCAUGGGUAACCUGAACACCUGCCCUCCAGGAUAAAUCGGUAGGCUCCAGUACCAUAGGAUGAUCUCUACUACUUAAGUAACUGUACGUCUGAGCUCAUGGCCGGCCCAGUAGUAAGAGAGCCCGGCUUCGGACCCCGGGCCUUCCCGAUAUCUGAUUGCCUGACAACGAAAUAUAAGUCGGAAAUGACUAUUCUACCUCCUAUCGGUAAUACUUUUCGGCAUUCCAGACCAUAGGCAUGCGCACCUCAUUACGCCGAAGUUGGUUACGAUAGCAGCCUGUACCUCUCCGUUCCUCCCCUACUUCUCACUCACCUCUUAGGAAUGAAGCGUUUCGAAGCUCGCUGGGCCAUCAGAAAGGCAUUGGAGGAGAAGGGUCUCUUCCGUGGCGAAGUGGAAAAUCCAAUGUUCGUGCCUAUCUGCAGUCGCACCAAGGACGUCAUCGAACCGCUGCUGAAGCCUCAGUGGUAUGUUCGUUGUCAGGAGCUGGCAAACAGGGCCAUCAAAGAGGCAAGUUAAGGGCAUCAUGUUCUCUCCUUUUAAUUCACUCGCCAGAGUCAUUUGGACUUUGUUUCAAACAACGAAUUGGAGUCCAGAAUCCUUGCAGAAUUUGGGAUUCAGCCUUAAACAGUGGCAAUGUAGCCCACGAAGUCUGAGCCCUAGUUGAGACCUCGCCGUACAUGUGGUUGCCUCGAAGGUUAAUUGCAUUCCUAUCGGCUGUCAACAGUGCUGGUUUGUCCGAGCCAACUGCUAAGAGGGUCGCAAAUCACUCUGACCCAUAUCACGCAGUUGUCGACUCGACCCUUGGCAGUCAUUGUACAUCCCUUUUUUCUGCUUCCGAACACUGAAGAUCAUCGAGCAUAUUCUACUUCAGAGUCUGACUUUGACCAUUCCUGCUAUCAUUUAAUUGGCCACAGCGUUCCCUUUGGGUACCUGACCGAAACGUUUUCGAUGGCGGCGUCCGCUAGGGUGUCUCUGACUGACAAGCAAGUUUCGUUUCUGGAGAUGGACCUUGAACUGAAGCCAUAGGAGUCCCAGGGGACAACAAUUGUCAAACUCCUCGAUCUUCUUCGGGUCAGGAGUGUGUAGAGUCGCAAGUUUUGCGGCUGCAGAGCAAGAGUCUUUCUCCCCUGCUGGACCUUUUGGCAACACCGCAGACACUUUCAGAGUCGACAGGACCUGUUGCGCGAUAGUUGUAUGUCAUCUCGUUCUAACGCCUUCAGCACUAUGUCGAAAUGGACGUCUUAGUUGUUUGGCAAAGAAGACCAUAGUCCAGCUUUGCUAACUUUAGAGAUCAUGACUGCUCCUUCGUCGGCCGUAGACAAAAUUGCCCACGACAAUGUUGAAGUGCUCUACAUGUUCCAGGGUAGUCCUCUCGUACACACGACGUCCCCGUCUUUUUUUGCAGGCGUCGAAGUUUGAAUUCACGAUCACUGGGGAUUAUGACAGCCUCCUGUUCCUACUGCUUUUACCGCAUACGCCGUUUUUUUCUGCCAUAAUUUUGCCCUAUUUAUCUCUAUCUCUCUCACAGGUUGCAGAUGGCAAUCUGAAGAUUAUGCCUCGCAUGUACGUACGGACCUGGAAUAACUGGCUACGGGACUGCCAUGACUGGUGUAUCUCACGUCAGCUCUGGUGGGGUCACCGGGUGCCUGCCUAUCAGGUUGCUCUGCGCUCUUCGGAUGGAGACUUCACCGUCCUAGAGGUAAUUCAUUUGCAGAGUAGGACUUACGCACUGUUAUUUUCGGGAGCGAUUGCCAGAUUUCACUCGGUGGUUUUGGCUCUAGCCCAUAAUUAUAACAUGCGGGGAGAUUUUUCCUGGUCAUAAAAGUGUGUUUGUUUGUAGAACCGUUGGGUUGAUGACGCGAGUGCCAGCCUGAAACAUUUAACUAGUCAGAUGUUAUCCUUGUCAACCGCAGUCUUACCAGUGAGGCGUCUCUAUUGGAUUACCUUCAGUGUUCUGCUUAGUUUAACGAGCACCACGGCUACGUUUCUCAUGCCUGUAACUUCACAUAACCUUACGAUCAAAUGAAGCCUGGGCCUUAAAAGAACAGAUGUACUUUACCUUCUGUGGUUAGUUUCGCACUUUUACACAUCUCAGCCCGUCUGCGUAGAGUUCGACCUUUAUGUCUGGUUCACGUUGAUCAGGGUGAACAACUGUUCAUCACUUAGAAACGGUCGCAUACCAUUAAUUUUGUCGGGGUAGAUGUACUAACCUGAACCAUGAAUACAACGCUCAAACACCACUUCGUGAAAUUCCGGGGUUCCUGUCAUCGUCUUGCAUGAUCACAAGUAAAAAGACCUAACUUUUGUUGGGUAGUACAUGAGAUGAACAGUUUAUGAUCUCAUUCCCUUUGAGAUUUUGGAGAGGAUGUGUUAAUACUUCUAGCAGUACUAUUUCGUUCACACCAUCGGUGCAGUCGCUUAACUCUUUGCUUAUCUUAAUUGUCCUUACAGUCGGCAGAAAAUGAUUCCUGGGUGGUUGCGCGGGAUGAAAAAGAGGCACUUGCCAUUGCUGCGGAGCGUUUCAAACGCCCGGUUGAUGACAUUCGCCUCAUGCAAGACGAGGACGUCCUGGACACCUGGUUCUCCUCUCAGCUUUUCCCCAUGUCCGUUUUCGGCUGGCCAGACACCGAAUGUGCGGACUUUCGCACCUUCUAUCCAGGAAGUCUGUUGGAGACGGGGCACGACAUCCUCUUCUUUUGGGUAGCCCGAAUGGUGAUGUGCGGGCUCUUUUUCACCGACCGCCUGCCCUUCACCGAAGUCUAUCUUCACGCAAUGAUUCGCGACGCUCACGGGAAAAAGAUGAGCAAGUCAUUGGGCAAUGCUAUCGAUCCGGUGGACGUAAUUAAAGGAAUUAGUUUACCCGGUGAGUAAUCUUCACUUACAUGUCACCCGAGCCAAUGUUCUUGGUGAUAAUCGUGCUACUGAAGUGAUUUAAAUAGCACAUAUUAAGCCAAUUUAUUCCUUGACUGGAUUGGGUACAUGCGACUGGUGCGCUCUGGCACUCGUAACAAUUAACUUCCCCACAAUGUGUCUGUACUCUCACAUACGACUUCAUCACUGCACUUUUUGCCUCAUAAAAUCCUGUCUAUUGCGCCUUCGCUGGAUCUGAAUCGACAAUGCAAAAGUCCACUGAACUAGGACUAGUUUCAGGCAUCACACUCACCCCUCUAAGACGAACUUCUCAUCAGUAGCUAUUCUGAACUCGGUCUGUUUCCACUAUUUUUAAUGGAUCUUGUGAUCUGAAUCUAUUUCACCAUUAAUGGUUGACAUUUGUCAAGGGGCCGUGUCUAUCACACCUCGCAUGAUUUACAGCGACUGGCAUAUGGGCGAGUUUCACGCGACACACACCAACGCCUGUCACUUGUGGUGUUGUCUAUACAUUCUACUGACAGUAAAAAAGUUGAAUUGACUUUGUAGGAUCUGCCCUGUUGGUUACUUAGUCCUGAGGACGCGCAGAAGAUUGCACUCAACUGUUGGACCAUCAAACACCAGCACUUUAACAUUAGCAGUCUUGACUGCUCAACACGUAGCCUGCAUCAGCUUCCAGGCAAUCGAACAGCAACCUACGUUUUUUUCACAUGUUUGACGAGUGUCGUCCAUACCCUCGAUCCUUGUGUCAGUUCAAGGACUCAGAAGCCUAUGAGGACACCGUAGACGGAUUUCUAUUGCGUAGAACGGAAGUAGGCAAUUCGAAUUGGGCUACGUGUAGUACUAUUGACAGUAGCCAGGAAAAGUAACCCUUUGCAUACUGGAGUCAAUAUACCUCCUAGAAUGCAAUUGAUCUUUGCGAAAAAUAUCUUUGGAGGUCUGCAGCUGAAUGUUUUACCUAGGGACGUAAAACGAAUGCACUUGCUGAAACAUAUUAAUCAGAAAGGCUAGGGAUAACGAAAUGUCCAGACAGCCGUUUCACGGUCAUUGCCAAUCUGUAGUACCUCGAAGGCCUGUCUUGUACCUUCCGGACUGAGAUAUAUAACUUGUCAAAACAGUUCGCGCGUGACUCGCUUGCUGUGGUUAACAUCAUAUAUCCUCACGCAGCAUUCGUUAUCGCCAGCACCUCAGCGGACAGAAUGGAAUCGAGCAAGACUCCAGUCACAACAAGUGAGGGUCGCGCGCUUACUCCUUUUGGAAAGCACAGGCCAGGCCCAUGGCGUACUGACAAUCGGUUAUGACCGCGAGACAGACGUCUGCGUCUGGCGUGUUGGUACCUUAUCGAGCUUUCUAUGCAUUAUACAAUCUUGUAGCUCUCGUGACAAGGCAAACGGAGAUGAUGUGCUGCAGUUUUCUACUUCCCCAGGCUGCUUCUUCCAUUUUCCUAAAUCUCAUCUCAUCUCCCUUCCUUCAACCUUCUUCCACUACUAAAAAGCAAAACCUCUGAUUAUUCUGCACAUUUUGGGCAUCAUUGCUCCUCAUGUCAUUUCAUGAGUAGAUUCUUAAAUCCCACUGUUCUGUCUAAAUAGAUCUGCAGGCCAAGUUGCUUGUGGGUAACCUGGAUCCCGCGGAGCUGACACGUGCCACUGCGGCUCAGGCUAAGGACUAUCCAAAGGGGAUUCCGGAGUGCGGAACAGACGCUCUGCGUUUUGCCCUCUGUUCUUACAGAACUCGUGGGUGGAGCAUAAACCUCAAUAUUCUACGAGUCCAGGGCUACCGCUUUUUCUGUAACAAGCUGUGGAAUGCGGUCCGGUGAGUUGCCGUUUCCCGUACCGGUGUCUGUUUCCUAGAAAAAGUAGUCCAGAACUCGUUUGGAUAUACUUUGCCAACAAGAAUGAUCAUUCGGCGUUUUUUGCCUUCCCCAAAACUGAAGCCCUACGGAUCGGGUCCAGGUGAUUAUUAAAAGUAAAGUUCUGUUGGUGCAGUCACGGUGCCCUUCCUGCGUGUACCGCGAUUGCGAAUCUUUGGUGCCUCAUGGGAUUAGUGAUCACUGAUCUGACGGGGCUUCAGGACGGUAUUUGGACCUUCCGUUUUGUUUUGUGAAGUAAGCCGAAACACAAGUCGUUCUGUCUGGCUGACCUGACGUAUAAAGAGAGACUUAAACAGAAAAAGCAGACUUUGGAAAAGGUAUGUAGCAACAAAACAACUCUUGCAUUACGAAGAGUUUUACCGAUAUCGGAACGAGGCAGAUUCAAAUGUCCGUAGACCGCGGAAGGAGUACGUAACACGAACUAUAGAACGGACCGUAGAUAAACCAAAGUACAAAAAGACGGUUGCAGUGGUGAGAGGAGAAAACACCGAGGACGUUAUCGGAAAUAAUGAUAAGGCAGAACACGUAGGCCGUUUUUUGCAUAUGUUUUCAUCGAUAAAAACGGACUGAUCAGGCUAACUUUCCUACUGCAACAAAUGACACAGUAAUGUGAGUAAGGAACUUCUUGCGCUUAAGGAAUACGUAUCUCCGCGCCCGGACCAAAUGCCGGCAAACGUUCGGAAGGAGUUUCCCCGCGAACUCUAUACCGCUUUCACAUUUUCUUUUUUCAGUCGUCCUCUGACCUCAGCAGUCUUCCCCUUUGAUUGAAUGGUCGGUAAAUAUGCACCCCGUUCAUAAGGGUGGGCACAGAACAAGUGCUGACAACUAUUGGCUUGUGAGCCUGACAUACAUUUGUUGCAAGGUUGUGCGAAGGAUCGUUAAAAAAAAGUUAUUAUCAAGUUUCUCGAAGAAAGGGAUACGUUGACGCUGUCCAACAUGGCUGUUGACGAAACUACGCCUGUUCGAUGGAGCAGUGGUCCCUCUCGUUGGAUGAAGACACGACAGUCGACGUCGUUUACAUUGACCCUAGGAGGAUCUUUGACAGUUUUCCGCAGCGCUGGUUACUCAACAAGGUGCGGUUAUCUGAGACAAGAGGGAAGCUACUUCUUGGUUGGCUGUUCCCAGUCUGUGGGCCUUGGCAAUGCGAAAUCAAUACCAGUUUCGGUUGUGAGUGGAGUGCCUCGGGGAUUUAUGUUUGGACUAUCACUGUUUUUAAUUUAUGUCAGUGACUGCAUGAAUCGAUUUGACUGCGGGGGGGGGCCGUGCUUGCAGAUGAGAUCAAAGUAUGGCGAGCGAUCAACUGCAGUAAUGACUAACGGACUCUGCAAGAGGGGCUUUGUGGCGGCCAGCCUCCAUGACCGGUCUGGCGUCAUUGUUUAAGAUCUCGCUGCCUCAAGGUCAUUCACCCUUUGGCAGUGAGCCGUUCCAGACACGCUGACCUGAAGUCACACGACCGACAGCUCGGGCACACCUGCGACCGCACAUCCGCAGUUGCCCAUGCGGCCACUUGAAUGCAUCUGCCCCCUUGCAACCACAACCUAGGCCACUGGGACACCACCUCUCGGUAAAUGCAACACACACCGACUGGACACCACUUGAGCUUGGCCCAAGAGCCUACAAAAGCGGCUGCCACCACUAUCUCAGGGACUCUCAGGCAUGACUGGACGCAGUCAACACCAGCCCUGGCUUCGCCGGUGGCCACUGCCGCCUGAGAGGACAACUCCGGGUUCUGUGCACAAUAAACCCCUCAUUAUGGUGCCUUCCGUCUUCUCCCUACAACUUGGGAUCUGACCAGACGAUAGAAGCGCACUGAGUACAGAACACACACUCGCACCGCAUAAUCACUACAGCUUAACCGCCUAUGUGAAAGGUCCGAUAAGUGCUUGCUGAGAUUUAACCUUGAGAGAUGUCUCACUGCGGCUCAAAACGAGGAAGGAGAGGACACAUGGAGAUGCUCAUCAAUACUUCCUUGACGGAAGGUACCUAUCAAAUGCAGCUGGACCAAAAAAGACUUCAGAAUUACCAUUCGUAAUCUCUGGAGCCCACCUCUCACUGCGGAGGUGGCCAAAAGGGCAAGGACAGUUCUCGCCAUUGAAGGAACUUUUUUAGAUAUUGAUAAUGAGCUAUUUGGAAAAGUAUACUGAGCCUUUAUUCGUUCGCAACCGGAAUAGGUAAUCUAGGCGUGGCACCCCUGGCUGAAAAGAAGAUGGCAGCUGUUGGAAUGGGUUCAAAGGAGGGUGACUGAAAUAGUGAGGUGCCUUAAGACAUACAAGUUCCGCCUGAGUACACACAGAUCCGAGAUCUCGUACAGACCUGUCGGUACUGUGCCUUGCAUCUCGAUGAUUUUUUCACGCUAGUCACAGCAACUAGCCUUAACCCUCGAGGAAGCUUAUCCUAUCCGGAUGUUCGUGGAUACUUGUUUUGGCAGCGAGUUUUGGGUGUCUGGAACGGGCUUCCUUGGGAGGGGAUAAUGGCAGACUCAGCGGAGACAUUUAAGCAUAAACUGGAUGUAUUAUUUGCUUGAAAAAUACCCUUCAGCUGUGCAGGACAGCUCUGUUGCACCAAACCAACGCUUUGCACCUAGCACUAGCGCGGACGGCCAUCAUUCUUUAUUUCACAUUAUCUUCGACGCCUGGCGAUGUCCGGGAUUCAGUCCCAUAUCAUCGCAAUAUUUUUAAGGCUUUUACUUUAGUGACAUCACAGUAACAUGUUUGUGUUAGCCUAAAUAUUUCAUAAAUCACUCCCCUUAGAUAUACUGAACUGUACUAAAAACAUCUUCGGUCCUGCAUUCGAUCCAGUCAGCACUCCUACGUACCUUCGAGGGAAUAUGUCUAUAAGAACUUUGUAAGGGAUCACUUUAAGAAAGGCAAAUAAAAAGUGCCUAUAGUUAUUAGUUUGUGCGUCGCGCAAACUUGCCGAUUUCAAUCAUCUAGAUCGUUGCAUUCUGUUCCGAUUUUGAAGCAUAUUUUUAUGCGAAAGUAGGAUUGCUUCUUCGUGUUCGGUUUUACCAUGUGGAGUGUUGGCGAGACCUGCAUUUAAAUGCUUUUUUUCCUUUUACCGCUCAGCUAUGCCAUUUACCACUGUCUUCAGUCGGAUUACAAACCGCCCCGGUCGACCGCCUCACUGUCGUUCCCUUCGAGUAGCGAGCAUAACCUAUCUGGAACCGACCAGUGGAUCCUCUCCUGCCUGGCACAUGCCGUCCGAGAGUGCAACGCUGGUUUCAAGGAAUACCAAUUCCCUCGUGCCACGACCGCCUGUUUCAACUUCUGGCUCUAUGAGUUUUGCGAUGUCUAUCUGGCAAGUUGUCCCACUUUCACGAAAUGGAUAAAUCGAUGACGCUACUGACAACUGCACAGUAGUCAUGUCGCAUAUAUUUAUUUGUCGAUUUCCAGGAGUAUUCAAAACCACUUGUCAAGCUGGAGCCUGGCUGUUCUCCUGAUGCUCAGAAGCGCGCGGAGGUAGUGAGGCAUGUUGUUUACACAUGUCUUGAUCUGGGUCUUCGAAUGCUGCAUCCCUUCAUGCCCUUCGUUACGGAGGAGCUCUACCAACGCCUACCUCGACGCGACCCUCCCAACGAUCCUCCAUCCAUAUGCGUGGCUCCUUAUCCCGAUGUCGAUGAGGUAGGUAGUCUGAUUUCGGCUAUUAACGCGGACAUUCACGUUCCGGGAGUGUCGGAGAUACAGUACCAUAGUAAGCAGGGACUUCAGAAUACGAGGCUUUCAAAAAAAGUGCAAAUUGGAAACAGAAGCGUGCUAUCGUUGCUGCGUAGUACUCUUUAUAAUAGGAAGGAGAUAGGAAGAGGGCAAUGACCGUUUAUAGCUUAAUUAUUCAGAGUAGCCAAUCGUAGCCGGAUGCGUGUUGAUCAGUCGCCCUGUCUUCACAUAGCAGGACUUAGGCCUGUCUGGGGCGUUAUGGGGUAUGAUUGACAGGCAGGUCAGCCAGAAGCAACCAUCACAUUCUUAACCGUGUUUUCAGAUCCGCUAACGACAGUUUGCUCUAGGGAAUCUCCUCCCCAUCAUGCCAAUCUUUGUGUUCACUUGCAGAUUGCAGGCUGGCAGGAAGACCCCGCGGUCACAAUCAGUUUUCGUUUGGCCUUCAGUCUUGUGCACCGUCUGCGCUCCCUCUACGCCACCUACAACCUCGGGAAGACGACCACACUUCCAGAGGCCGUUCUUGUCGCCCCAGAGAGCACGCUGAAGGGUCUACGUGCAGGAAGAUUCCUCGUGGAUAUCGUGGAGGCGCUGGGCAAAUGCCGACUCACGGAUGUAACUACUGACAAGUCCCUCGGUAAGUGAGGAGACUAGCGUAGCCGUAACUUUUCGGUUCAGAACUAUCUCAAUUGUGCAAGAGUUCGUGCUCAGUGAGCACUUCAAUAAACGAGUCUGUUUCCAUCACGCAGUUGGCGUGACCAGUCUGGAGGACGGUCCACAGUCUGAUAGUGAGACUGAAGAGCCUGACGUGCAGACUUGUGGAAUUCCAAACGCCGUUUCCGAUCUUAGUUCGCCAUCCAUGCUUGUUCGUUCCUUCUCGCCUGCGCGACUGCUAACGGUACAGAAAAGUGGAAAUAGUCCAUGCUCGACGUCAUGCUUGGCAGCUGUGAUUUGACUACACAGGACGGUAUUGCUUCCGUCCUCCUCUUGAAUGUGGAACAGUGAUGGAGGACAUGUCAUGUGGACUAGACUCAUUAUAGAUUAGACAGGGUAGUGGACCUCAGCUAUUGGACCUUUUAAACAGUUGUUGGCAUGAUAACGAGUUGUACCUCCGUAUCUCGUGUCCCCACUAUUAUUGUCAUUUAGGCUGCCCGAUUCGGCUGUAGUUCGGGCGCAUUCCACUUUUACACGUCAAGAUCUCCACAAAAUGACUUAUGUGAACUCGUGUUUCAGGUCCUCCGAGCCAGUCCAAUUGUACGAUUUCCGCAGCUGUGAGUGUUUGGCCUGGUUUACCGUUGGCAGUAAAGCCCGUAAAAGAAAAGUCUCUCAAAGUACUAAUUUAAUCCGUCUCCCCUGACGAAUGGAUUAGCUGAAUGCCAUGCCUGUUUGAAAGCCAUAGUGUGUGCAAGCCUUUCGUGAGGAACCAGAAACUAAUAAGGGAAACAAGGCAUGUAUACCGUAGUACUGAUGGUAAUGAGUAUUAGCGCAUUACUUGACAGUUCUACCACCGUUGCCGACGAUGCCCACCGUGUGCUCCACAGCGAAGUGAAGCACCCACAGUGACUUGCGCAGCGUCUACCGCACACCCCUCCCCCAUCUGGGCUCCAUGUCCAGACAGAGUCAAGAAGACCGGAGACGGGAUAGCGCGGCCGAGCCCGCAACUUGGCGUCCCACUCCGAAGCCUCUGGUCCACAGGAUUUCAACCAAUUAAAGCACCGCGAGCAGUCAGAAAGACGAGGAUGACUCGGCAACCAUGGUCACGAUCUGUAUACCAUGCUGGGGCAUUAGCGCAUCUACCGGCAGGGAACCAGGUGUCAGACAACUGUCUGCGCAUACCAGGUUGCGAGGACCAUGGUUUGCUGAUCCUGGCCUAGCAGACGCUUACAGACCAUUAGACCCAGCAAGGUGACACGUGACCCUGCAUUUGUUUGGUCGAAGACCCUACUAGAUACGGCACACGCUGUCCAAUUUAAAAUAAAUUUGUUACUAUGAUGUUGACAGUAAUAUAUGCGUUUUGGGAAAUAUUUUUGUGACAAGAGGGAGUGAAACUCGGGGAUAAUGCCAGAAAAGGACACUCCUACACACCAUAUAUACGUGUUGAGUGCUCAACUAGAGUACAACCCCCUGCCCACCUCUUACCUUUGACAUAGCGAAUACCACGGGUUGCAUAAUGGCCACCGUUUCGGCGACCGACGCCUGUGUGGAGGAGCAGCCAGCUACGGAGGCCACUGGGGAGAACGAACAGGGCGAGGAGCAGGCGAUGGCCGCGGAGGACGAAGAGGAGGAGGCGGCGGCGGCGGCGGCGACACCCGGCGCUGCACUUCCUCUGGUCAUACCCACCUGCCAACUCUACCUUAGAUUAGCUGGUCUCAUCAACGCCAAGGCUGAGGUCGAACGUACAGAACAGCGAGUGGCUCAGUUGAGGAAGUCGAUAGAGGCUCUGCAAAAGGUGCGCUCGCGACCCGAGUACACCGUCAAGGUGCCACAAGCGAAACAAGCAGCAGAUGCCGCAAAGGUAGGUUUUUUCUUAGCUUCACUUGUCCCGUUGGAUGCCGUUUGCAUGCACUGGGGAGCGAAUCUGUUUUUUAAUCUAAUUGCAUGCUAAACCGACAUCUGCACCGACUCAAUGGCUGCUAGCUGAAAAGACGAAAAUAUCCAGCAGAUACCUUUGGGACGUGGAGUUGUUACUGUGAAGAUUUGGAUCCUUGUUUCCUUCUUUCUACCACGGCCGUUUGCCAUCGAGAACGGAAGAUGAUGGUUCGUAUCAUCACGCCAUAUUCUGGCACCCGAUGGACGACUGAGCCAGAUUGCUGAAAUAAAAAUCUUGGUAUCAAUGUUUUUAGAUGUUCCAUUCAUGAAGGGGCUUUUAUGUCUUAGGAAUGAGAGGGAGGGAGAGAGAGAGAGAUUCCUAAUUUCUUACUCGCAGGAAAGCGUAGUAAAGGAAAUAUAUUCGUGUAGAAACGUCACGUCUUUUUGUGUCGGUCGAUAUAUCGUUACUUGAUUUCCUUUUCCCAUACUAGUUGUAUUGCGGCUGCUGCUGUUACUACUACUACUACUACUACUACUACUACUACUACUACUACUACUACUACUACUACUACUACUACUACUACUACUACUACUACUACUACUACUACUACUACUACUACUACUACUACUACUACUACUACUACUACUAUUACUACUACUACUACUGCGGUAACCUGCGGUAAAACACCGCCGGUCAAACCCCUAUCACAACACUUCCCCUCACUAGCACAUACAUCCCGCAUUACCCACCAUAAGUAUGGGAUCGGCACAUCUCAGGAAGGCAGGAAUCGUGCUCAUUGGCUCAUUUAUGUGGCCCCGUCACUAAUGCAACACUCGCUCUCUGCGUGCAAUCCUCGUGUUGUCGUGUCGCGUGUGUGGCACGCGCAAAGGGAAUGUUUUUGGUUCUGUUGGUCACUGCGCCCAACACCAGCAUCUUGAUUCCAUCCUUUUUUCCGUAAACAAACAUGUUACUGACAAACGUUUAGUAAGAUGUGCAUUUAACAGUUCUAUUGUAUGUACCGUUUUCAGUAGGGUCAUCAAGGGCAUUGCCUACUACCCUAAAAUACACUAUUACAGAUGGUUGACCGGCUUGGACACUGGAGUGGGGUAAUAUGCCCAGAGGGCAUAUUAGUUACCGUAAAUCAUAUCAUGCGCCUUUAUUCUAUCAUGGUGCGCUAAAAGCCAUGCCUUGGAAGAUUUCUAACUGACGAUUCAACCGUGACCUCGCAGUCAGCCCUGUCCAUAUUUGUGUUUGAAGUGGCCGACUGGUGGAUGGAGGGUCAAACUCAAUAGCUCCGUCUUAGUGUGGCGUCAAUGGCACUCACGCACGUGAAACCUGAUCUGCCCCCCCCCCUCCCCCCUUUUGUGGGGUCAGGUCGUGCGUGUGUGGCUCGCGCAGAUGGGCUGUUUUCCGGCUCUUCCAACGACUGCGCCCAAUCCCGCCUAUGGGAUCGCCUUUCUCUGUACACAGUCCACACUAGGAAUAAUCUGACGUUCUUGGAUUUGCCACGGAGCGUGAAAAGCCAUGGCUUGGAAGGAUGCCGACUCACGGGAAAUCUCGGCCCUCCUUUCAGGACAGAGGGUCAGGCUGCAAUGAGUUGGGACGUGUGCUGACUUUUAGCAAAUUUGUUUCCAUGGCCCACGUCAUCCCGAUAAAGUGGCGAGAAGUGGCACUUAAAAUUUCAUAUGUACAUUAAAAUGACCGCCUCCCGCACCCUUCGCAUCCCGCUCUGUAAAAGCGUUUACCGUAAACCAAUAUGUUACUGACAAAAUGUCAGUAAGAUGUGCAUUUAACAUAUGUAUUGUAUGCACAAUUUUCAAUUGAGUCAUCAAGAGCAUUGCCUAUUACCCUGAAAAAAUACACUGUAUAUAUAACCGGAGGCUAGGACAUUCACGUCCAUUAACCGGUUUUCCUUAACAUUUUCGUAUCAGGCAGAUAUCACUACUUUGGGUCUCGACGUUAAGACAUAAUUCGCUAAUCGUCCGACGCACAUUAUGUACCAGGUGCCAGUUAGGGGAAAUUGCUUAAAGUUCCACCCAAACACUCUUUCAUCAUCCACAUGCUCUGUUUUCAACGUAUUUAUCCACUGUCCUUUUACACUUCUUCCUAGCUCCAUACGAUGGAACUUGAAGUUACUGGCCUUAUCGAGGUUGCGGAGAGCUUGAGGACUCUAGACGCUGGCACUGAGGGAGCCAGGUGUGAAGAAGAACAACAUCCCCUUCUCCGACUGGUUGGUUGUUUUGCUACUUCAGGCAAGAACCAGCCAUCCUCCGGAGACAACUGCGCAGGCCUCGAAAAGCAACAGCUCUUCGACUUGCAGGCUCAGGCCGAGUCACUGAGUGAUAUUCACCUUCUCGGUGGUAAUGAUGUAAGUGUGUGCUGGACAAAAAUGGUCAGCCAAGUCCUCCCCCAUGUCUCUGUCGGCCCUCCCUAUCUCUCUGUGCGACUGUCUGCAGGAGCUUUGUAUUAAGUCCGAGGACGCGACGCAACGAGCGUGUCCCCUAUCCCAACCAAUGAACGCGCUUCCGCCAUACGUGCACCAAAUUAUUUUCUGGGAGUGUAAUUAACUCUUAUAUGUGAGGUAGUUCGACCGUCGCAUCCGACGAUGUUCACCGUGUGCCCCACAACAGGUGGUGGGAGCAGGGACGAUGACUUGCCCAGUGGGUUUAUAGUGCCAGUAGACUUGCGCUGCAUCUACCACACUCUCUCCGCCGCCGCCGCCUGAGUCCGGUGUCAAGACAGAGUCAAGAAGACCGGAGACGAGGGAGGCCGCGGGUGGAUGACUUGGACGGAUCCUCACCCUGGUGCUCCACUCCGCACCCCCUGGUCCUCUCAACAAAUGGCCAGGAUUUUAACUCGCAAGACAAUGGGGUGUUGACAGUGGUCCAGUUGUGCGACGACUGUCGACAACAGGGUCUGCCAGCGCACCCUGUAAAUGUUGACAUUUGUUAUUGCCAGAAUCCGAUGUGGCCCCCUGUGCUGGUCCAGCGCAUCUAACAUGUGGCCCGUUUUGGGGGCACUGUGUAGCAGGUACACACACGCACUGAAAAGCACACAAAAAUGCUGAGCAAAGGACCCUGUGGCCAAACUUCUGGCAUCCGCAUGGUGUGAUAUCGCGGAAGCUAAAUCCAUUAUGAGAUUCUACCCACUAUGACAAUCAAAUCCAGUUCCGAACAGAAGGAGAGGAAGGGGGACGCCAAUUGGGGAAAUGUUGUAUGUCGUACAGAACUAUUAGAGAAGAAGUUGGUAGAAGUUGACAGUCGGACGAGGGCAUGUUCGGAGCCGCUAGAGCAACGCCCAGACAGUGGAGCACUUGUCCAGCGCUUUCAGCGAGGCCAUGUCUGAGUCAGCCCCGCAAAUGAUUGGCCAGUUUGAACCGCUGGCAGCAGCCGAGAACCAGACUGCAAUUGGUGUGCACGUGCAAGUAGUUGCGGGAGGCUCAGUUGGACCACUAACGUCGGGUGGACAAACACUACCCUUAACCAGCCACCCAUUUAAGUGUGUUCAGUGGAUGUCGCCAGGAGGUCCUUCCAGAAGUGCUAUAAAAAGAUGCCUUUGUUGGAGGUCGGGGGGUGGUCUGGAGCUCAGCUCUCUGAUAAGUAUAGGCACCUCGCUACUUCCUGGCCACAUUUCUCCGCAUCUCCUUGCAGCCUCUCUUCCGAGCAUGUUUAUUCUUUAAAGGCCGCAGUGCGUGCUGAUGUGAAACAACUGGUGGCCUGGUCCCUCCGACUUCUGCCGCCGCCGCAUCAACAACAAAAGGGUGACACGCGCCUCCUGAAGGCCUGGCAGUCCUACUACGAGCAACGCCUCGAGCGGGCCAGUCCGGCCUUCCUUGCGGGCACCUCACGACCCAGCCUGGCGGAUCUAGCCGCGCUGCUAGUUAUUACGCAACAUAAACUGGUGCUCAACUCGCCCGCUAGUCGCCAGUGGUUGGAGAAGUUGAGCUCGCAGCCGACGGUAAGUAGACAUACUCAGACAAGGGGACAGUUACCCUUCCUUAGUUUAGCCAUCUAAUGAUGCAAGUCUCGUCACUAUUAGAUAAAUAUUCGAACUUUUCAUGGCUACUUAAAACAUCUGAGUAGGAUAAUUAUUGUAUAACGUAUGUUAACGGUGAAGGCUGUCCGAUUUCUGCGACCGAGUUUAUUUGCUCGAGCUUCCUGUGGCGUAAGGUAGGACUAUUGAACCGAAAAAUCAUGAUUUGUGGGCAGCGCCUGUGGUCUCACUCAGUCAGUGCACGGCUUACACCACUGGAGGAGAUAUUUAAACUAAAGCCAAUGCCCUUCCUAGAGCAGCAUUUUCUGCUAUGCAACAUACCUAGGGGUAGAUCAUGCGUGACAAAUCUGCUGUGCUGUUUAGACCGCUGGACCCUGGCAGUUGGUGCAUCACAUCAGCUGAACUUUAGAGCGUCAUCGGAACUAAAUUUAGGUGAGGUGUGUCCGCAGCCAAACCUGAACCUGUUCGAGAAGGCGUCGUGGAACUGGCUCUUGUCGUUAAUGUGACUAAGUGCGACCGAUCCCCGAACCGCAGCGUUUGCUAUCUGAAUUGCCUGCCAUUACAGGAAGUAGACGACAUUUAGGUGCAUGACUCAUGACUUCAUUUAGACCGCUGCGGACCUCAGCACCCUCGACAAAGCUCAAAGUCGUGCAACCAAACUCGUUAGUGGACAGGGUUCACUACUUUACGAAACACGGUUAUCUAAUCACGAUCGCUUUCCUCUGAGUUCAGGUAGCUAAGAGGCGACUUGAUACAAACACUCCGUAUCAUGCAUGGUUAGGAUUGCUGUCUUCUACCUGAAGAAUUCUUUGAGCUAACAAUCACAACGAAACUGCGAAGUCGUGCAAUCAAACUAGGCGUGACUCACGCUAGGUUGGGCACAUGAAAGUUCGGCUGAAACAGAAUGGUUGAAGUUUGGAGUGCACAGUCUUCAGACAUCGAUAUGUCCACGUACGUCGAGAUGUUUGAGAGGAAGCUGGAUCGGUAUGCCCUUGCACAUCAUAAUGCCAUCCGAUUGACAGCGUGUUGAAGCUCAGCGGCAGCGGUUGAUUACGUUUACCAUAUUACUGUCUAUGUUUCAGUAACGUUUGUUUUUUUUCGAUUUCUCAUUCAUCACCUAUUCAUUGCUCGUGACUACUGACAUUCACUUCAGCUCCUUCUGAUAACUGAAAUCGUACCACUUUUUCCAUAGCACAAUUAUGUAUAGACUGACUACUGUACACUGUACUUAGUAUUGUUAGCAUUUAGGUCACUUAGAGUAAAUCGUUUAUCUGUACAUUUUCGAUAACUCUUCUACAGCUGUUUGAUGUUUCCCCUUCCUGCUUUUUCAUAUACUUCCUUUCUUUGUAACAAAUAGGGAGUUCAAAGGUCAAACACCUACGUUUCCCUCAAAUAACCUGAAUAAAAUUAAAGGCUUGGUGCAUUCUUAAGUCUCAGCCUGCAAAAGUUCGUGGUUAACGUUAUUUACAUCCGAUUUUUUUAAAAUGCAUGAUUGGAGCACGCAACUCAGUCAAGUGUCUGGCUUCGAGCUGGUCUAGUUUAAUAACAACGUUGCGGUGUGCAUGAUAAAUAGGGUUCUAUCUGCCGAUUGUCCUUUGUCACAGCGUUCUACUUCCUCUACCGUUAGUCUUUGUGGCGGAUAAUAAUAUCUCUUAGGCAGUCCAAGGAAAGACGGUUGACGUGACUUAAACACGUAUUUCAUCGCCUGUCUUACGAGUACGUUUCCCGACUACAAAACGGUGCUGUUGCACCGGAUCGCGCUCAUGCGGAAGCAUUAUCUGAAAUCACCGGGGUCAUUGCCAAAGCCCUAUCAAGUACGGACUUUAUUGUGGGUUUGUCCAUUAGAAACGGGCUUAUGUGGCCUAAGGAUGUUACGUAAAGUCUGGAGGGUAGGUGCUUUCAGCAGAGUAUGUCGGUGUUCAAGUUUUGGAGAGGAGUUGGUGGCGAAUGUCCCCCCCCCCCCACGCUCCAAGGUCAGUUUGUGCAUGACAAGGGCGCAUAACCAAAUAGUGAAACCAAAAGAUCUUGGCGCACCGGGAGGGCUUUUGCCAUCUCCAGAACAACUACAGCGUUUCGCAACAGUCGUAUAAGUGUAGGCCCUGAAUUACUAAUGCCCCGAGACCAUGGGCAUUUUUUAACUAAGGGAUCGCUGUUAGCACGACCCUACACGCGUAAGUUCAGAUCAGAGUUAAUCCCACUUGAUCUUCUUAGGUGACAUAAUGUGCUAUAUUAUAUGCUGGAAAAUUAACAUACCGGUUUUUUUCUCGCCCUGUUUAGGUAUCAGAACUGCUGAAGACGCUGUAA